UUUAGGUCGCCGUUGACGGAAACGGUCAAAUCCAGUAUUUAGAUGGAACCUUCUACGUCAACGACGGCAUGUCCAGAAACGAGAAUGAAAACUCUUACGCCACGGAUUCUAUGAAGAAUUGCUACAAUCCUGAUCGAUGGAAGGUCGAGUCUUUCGGCCCUAUUACUGACGCUCCGACUAAUUGCUUCAUGAGAGCACCAGGUGGUUUUGAAGGCAUAGCAGCUAUUGAGCAUGUUAUGGAGCACAUAGCUAAAGAAAUAAAAAGAGACCCUAUAGAAGUCCGUUUCAACAACUACCGAGUUGAUGACAACCAGCUACCGGAAAUAGUCCCCGAGUUUCUAAAGAAAAGCGAUUUUACCAAGAGACUCGAAUAUAUAAAGGAGUUCAACGCCAAAAAUCGUUGGAAGAAACGAGGAUUAAGGCUAAAUAAUAUGGCUUUCCCUACACAGUAUCUCGGGAAUUAUGGAGCUUUAGUUUCUAUCUACCACGGGGAUGGAAGCGUAGCAGUAAAUAUAGGUGGCAUCGAGAUAGGCCAAGGCAUUAAUACUAGAAUAGCGCAAGUAGCAGCUUCAGAGUUGAAGGUACCUGUCGAGAAAGUACACGUUCUGUCGGCGUAUGAUUUCGCCACCCCUAACAAUUUUAGUACGGCGUCGAGUAUAACUACUGAAUGUUGUGCUCUAUCUGUGAUAAGAUGUUGCCAGCAACUCAACGCACGACUGGCGCCGUUCCGUGCACUCAUGCCGGAUGCUACAUGGGAACAAGUUGUUUUCGAAGCUGAUCUUAGAGGAGUUCUGCUGCAGGCGAACUACGAGACGAGUCCGAAUGACCCUCGCUUGCAGAAUUAUUCUAUAUUCGGUGUCGCCGCGACGGAAGUGGAAAUAGACGUGUUGACUGGCACGAAGUUCAUAGUUCGCGCGGAUAUAUUCGAAGAUGCUGGGCGCACUAUUAAUCCGGCUCUGGAUGUUGGACAGGCAAGUAUAAUAUCCAAACCCUGUUAUCUAUAUUGCAAUUCAUUGAAAAGCAUGGGUGGCAUUGAAAUAAUAUAUCAUAGUCAUACAUUAUUUCUCCUAUUAGGAUCGAAAGAGCUCGUUAUUUAUAUAAAUAUGUAG